AUGUUCAUGCGCCAUCAGCACGAGCAGCAGCAGCAGCAACAGCAGCAUGGUCUGGCAGCUAUGCAAUAUCCGGAUGAAUCAUCGGGAAUGAGGCAUCUGUUACCGGCUGGUGUACCAUAUGCUCCAAGCUUCUACGAUUAUCAAUCAGCUGCGCAUAUGCAUCCAAUGCAUGUACAGGUACUUCUCAUUGAGAUCACUCAAAAUCCAAGUGCCAGCUUUUCUCGGAUUUCUUCUUUUUUGGCAGUAAUUUUUGUCACCCUAGCAACUGGAAAAUAG